CAGGCUGGAGCCGCCGGACCGCCAGAGCCCUAGGGUGUAGCGGUCAGUGCGCUUGCGCAGGAGGCCAGUCGGCUGGUAAAGCCGGUCGACGCGGCCGGGGCCGGGCUGUCAGUGCGCCUGCGCGAGGGCUGGGCGCUGUGGUUCUUGACUGUGCAGCGCGGAGCGCCGGGUGUAGCCAUGCCGCGAGAGGACCCGGAGCAGCCCACCAAGCGGCCCCGGUGCGAUGACAGCCCUAGAACCCCACCGAGCACUCCUUCCUCAGCAGUGCACAGGUCCACGGGCCCAGAACAGCACCCUGACUAUAAGACCUGGGGCCCGGAGCAGGUGUGCGCCUUCCUACAGCGCAUUGGCUUCAAAGAACCCAGGCUGCUGGAAAACUUCCGAGAAAAUAAAAUCACAGGUUCAUUACUGCCCUUUCUCGAUGAAUCUCUUCUUGAAAAUCUUGGAGUAAGUUCGUUGGGGGAGAGGAAGAAGCUGCUUAACUAUACCCAACAACUGACCCAAAUUCCCAUUGAUACAAUAAAGGUAAUCAAUGAUCCCAUUCAUGGCCACAUUGAGUUUCACCCUCUUCUCAUCCGAAUCAUUGACACACCUCAAUUUCAGCGACUCCGAUACGUUAAACAGUUGGGAGGAGGUUACUAUGUUUUCCCAGGAGCCUCACACAACCGAUUUGAGCAUAGUCUAGGGGUAGGGUAUCUAGCAGGAUGUCUGGUUCGUGAACUACGUGAAAAACAACCAGAGCUGCAGAUAAGUGAGCGAGAUUUACUCUGCGUUCAGAUUGCUGGGCUUUGUCACGAUCUUGGUCAUGGCCCAUUUUCUCAUAUGUUUGAUGGAAGAUUUAUUCCACGUGCUCGCCCAGAGAUUACAUGGAAGCAUGAACAGGGCUCAGUUCAGAUGUUUGAGCAUCUAGUUAAUUCUAAUGGACUCAGUGCUGUCAUGGAACAAUAUGGUCUUGUCCCUGAAGAAGAUAUUUGCUUUAUCAAGGAACAAAUUACAGGACCACUUGAUUCACCCAUCAAAGGUUCUUUGUGGCCAUAUAAGGGACGUCCUAAAGAGAAAAGCUUCCUUUAUGAGAUAGUGGCAAAUAAAAGAAAUGGCAUUGAUGUGGACAAGUGGGAUUAUUUUGCCAGGGACUGCCACCACCUCGGGAUCCAAAAUAAUUUUGAUUAUAAGCGCUUUAUUAAGUUUGCUCGUGUCUGUGAAGUAGAGAAUAAGAAGCACAUUUGUACUAGAGAUAAGGAGGUUGGAAAUCUUUAUGACAUGUUCCACACACGCAACUCUUUACAUCGAAGAGCUUAUCAGCACAAAGUUGGUAACAUCAUUGAUAAAAUGAUUACAGAUGCUUUCCUCAAAGCAGACCCCUACAUAGAGAUUAUAGGUUCUGAAGGGAAAAAAUAUCACAUUUCUACAGCAAUUGAUGACAUGGAAGCCUUCACUAAACUGACAGAUAACAUUUUUCUGGAGAUUUUACACUCUACUGAUCCCAGAUUGGAUGCAGCACGAGAGAUUCUAAAAAAUAUUGAAUACCGUAAUCUCUACAAGUAUGUGGGUGAGACCCAGCCAGUAUAUCAACAAAAGAUUGAAAGGGAUAUCUUUGAAGACUUCCCAAAGGAGAUUGCUGAUGCCAAACCGACUGAAGUAUUUCUAGAAGUUGAACUGACGGCUGAAGAUUUUAUAGUGGAUGUUAUCAACAUGGAUUAUGGAAUGGAAGAUAAGAACCCAAUUGAUCACGUUCACUUCUAUUGUAAGAGUGAUCCUACCAAGGCAAUCAGGAUUACUAAAUCUCAGGUUUCACAGCUUCUGCCAGAGAGAUUUGCAGAGCAGCUGAUUCGAGUAUAUUGUAAGAAGACGGACAGAAAGAGUUUAUUUGCUGCACAUCAACAUUUCGUUCAAUGGUGUUUAGACAGAGAGUUCACCAAGCCACAGGAUGGCGAUGUUGUAGCCCCACUUAUAACACCUCGAAAGAAUAACAGAGAUUCAGCCCAGACUCCAGCUCGAACCCGUGAAGCAAAAAAGUCCAGAAAAAAUCCAGUCCAGCUUUUUGCAGACACCUCAGAGUGACUGUCUGUAAUGGUGGUUACAAUUAAUUGUGCCCUCCCCCAGUACAAUUAAUUUAGGAAAUGGAAUCAGAGCAUUCCACCAAUUUAGUGACAACUAGUGAUUUUUAUUUUAUAUUUUAAAUGUACAUAGUGCUAAAGCUAGACAGUUUUUAUUUUCAAAGAAACAAAAAGUGUUAGGCAAAUUUUUCUAUACAUGCUAUGAAAAGCAUUACCUUACCUAUUUUUAAUGUUAAUCAAAUUCUCCUUUAGCAACCUGGGUUUUUUAGAAUGACAACUCUAUUAUCUACUCUGACCUCUUAUGACAGAUGAUUGUUUUUUAUCAUUAUUUUUUUAAUUUAGAAAUGAGACAAAGGUAUAAAUUAGAAUUAGAAAUUGAAAUUGUCAGAGCCAGCAGGUGAUGUGGUAGUUAAAGUGCUAGACUCCCACAUGGCUGACUGCAGUUCGAGUCCAGGACCUGGUGGCUUAAAAGUCAGUCUGGGCAUGUGUACGUGGAUACGCAAAAUUCU